AUGGUGACCGUGAAAAGGGGACGAGGGCGGCCGAAAGCUACGGUGCCACCGUCACUUGAAACUCUCACCAGCUUGAAAACACCAGAACGUGAAUCAAGAAACACCACUGUUGCUGGUCAGACUUCGGGGAACUCUUCAAGAACCACCAUUGGAGAAGACAAAGCUAUGACAAAUACCUUGGUAAGGGAGAACAAGGAAACCCUAACAGAGCCAACACAACCACAACCCGAAGAGCGUAAACCAUGGGUUGAUGUGAUAAAUGACAACCGGAACCCUACAAGAGGAAUGGAUAUCGAGUACAUUGCGCCAAAGCUCAUCAACGAAGUGUUUGAAAUAGACAUUGAACAAGAAGACAUCGAAACGGAAAUACAAUUUUGGGAUAAUGCUCUAAUCCUUUAUGUUAUGGGUGAUGACCUGAGUAUGAACAUGGUGAAGAACUUUAUGCAGAGAAUGUGGAAUUUCUUGAAGAUGCCAGAUCUGUAUUACCACGAUGAUGGUUAUUUUCUGAUCAGAUUUAGCUCCCAAGAAGACAAGGAAGCAGUUAUGAUGAAAGGACCAUACACGAUUCGAAACAUGCCCAUGAUCUUGAAGGAAUGGCAAACUGGUUUCAAUUUGAAGAAGGAUCUACUGAGAACUUUACCAAUUUGGGUCAAACUUCCCCAACUUCCCCUGCAUCUAUGGGGCGCCAAAAGUCUCAUCAAAAUUGGAAGUGCUAUUGGCAAACCAUUGGUGACUGAUGAAUGCAUUGCAAAUAAGUUUCGUGUCUCAUAUGCAAGAUUAUUGAUAGAGGUAGACAUUACUCAACCUUUGAUAGAUGAAAUAGCCAUUAGGAAUAUUGAAGGAGAUAUAAUAAUGCAGCUUGUGAAUUAUGAAUGGAGACCAAAAUUCUGCGAAACAUGUCAAAAAAUGGGGCACAAGUGCGAAGAUCGUGGGAAGAAGCAACAAUGGAAACCAAAACUUAAGCCACCAUAA